AUGUGUGGCAACGGAAGUAAGCACAUGGAAGAAGGUCUGAAAUUUGUCUAUAUCGACCAUGAAAGUUCGAGGUCAACCUACCUUUACUUCAUCUUCAAUGUUCUCAUCAUUGCACUUGGAGCUGAACCUGGUCUUCUAUCAAUUGUUUCUAAGCCUUUAGAAGACAGAAAGCAACAUGUUUCUGUCACCCAGAAACUUGUAAUGCCCCCAGAAGUGUAUGAACCUGACGAGGAAAGGGUGGAAGGAUUCUUCAUAACAGGUGGAAGUGGUGCUCCGGAUCACAGUGAAGGGAAGGCUAAGGUUAUUGAAAUGUUUGCUUCGGAUGAGAAGAUUGCUGGUGUCACUGAAGUGGAUGAGGAGAUUGAAGCAGGUGAGGGUGGGGGAGUUAAUGGGCAAGAGUUGUUUGCCAAAGCUGAGGCCUUCAUUGGGAACUUCUACAGGCAGUUAAAGAUGCAGAGAGAAGCUUAUCAGGAAACCUUUUAG